AUGUUAUCUAAGUCGGUUCAAAAUUCAAUGAAGCCUUCAUUAAGGCAUUUACGUACUUUUUCCACAUUCUCACAAUUAUCUGCACCGGGCCAACAAUCACUUAAUUUUUUUCAAAGUAAAACAUUACCUACAAACACUAUUAUUAAAUUUGUACCUCAACAACAAGCAUGGAUUAUAGAAAGAAUGGGUAAAUUCAAUAGAAUCUUACCACCUGGAUUAUCUUUUUUGAUACCAAUUAUUGACAAAAUAACUUAUGUACAAUCCCUCAAGGAAUCUGCAAUUGAAAUUCCAACACAAAGUGCGAUAACAUCAGAUAAUGUUUCUUUAGAACUUGAUGGUGUAUUAUAUGUUAAAGUAAUUGAUCCUUACAAAGCAAGUUAUGGAGUUGAAGAUUUUCAAUUUGCUAUAAGUCAAUUAGCUCAAACAACAAUGAGAUCAGAAAUUGGUAAUAUGACAUUAGAUUCAGUAUUAAAAGAAAGACAAACUUUAAAUAAUAAUAUAAAUAGAGUUAUAAAUGAAGCAGCAAAUGAAAAUUGGGGAGUUGAAUGUUUAAGAUAUGAAAUUAGAGAUAUUCAUCCCCCCAAAAAUGUUGUUGAAGCAAUGCAUAGACAAGUUAGUGCAGAAAGAUCUAAAAGAGCUGAAAUUUUAGAAUCUGAAGGUAAUAGACAAAGUAAAAUAAAUAUAAGUGAAGGUGAAAAACAAAGUAUUAUAUUACAAUCAGAAGCAAAUAAACAAGAACAAAUUAAUUUAGCUGAAGGUGAAGCAACAAAAAUUAAAUUAAAAGCUGAUGCAAUAGCUCAAGGUUUAAGAUCCGUUGCUGAUGCUAUAAAAAAUACUCCUGGUGGUGAAGAUGCAGUAAAUUUACAAGUUGCUCAAGAAUAUAUUAAAGAAUUUGGUAAAUUAGCUCAAAAAUCAAAUACUGUAAUUAUACCUUCUAAUGUUGGAGAUAUUUCAAGUUUUAUGGCUCAAGGAUUAUCAAUUUAUAAAAAUUUAAAUAAUCAGAAUAAAGAAAUUAAAUAA